GUACCCGCGAGAAGCGGCUGGUGCUUGCGAAGGCCGCCUGAUUCGUCGGAACCUAAACAACAAGACUUUGGCGACACGACUUAGACACCAGUUUACACUAACCAUACGCGAGAUCGCAUUAAAAAGGCCCCGCAAUUGCGCUCGAAGAGAUGGGCCCCAUGGAUUAACACGGGCAUUAACCGCCACUAAAACCGGAGAAGGUCGUUAUUUCGUCGUCUCUUCGCCUAAUGACACUAAUUUCGUCCAGUUUGAUCGGUCUGUUUUCGUUCAACAGGUGGUUGAAGGUGCAUGUGGUCAUAGUGUAAACUCAACCGUUUUGGUCUUAAUUACUAAUUUAAGCACGUCCACUUAGACCGGAUAGAUAACAAUGGACAUGUCUGAUGGUCAUCAAGCGUGCGAUGGUUUGGACUUUAUCGUCGAGCAUCCGGAGUAUGUGGCCAAACUGGCCACAGCGCUCAGCUCCAUUGGGCCUUCGGCCAUCAGGGUGCGGAAGCAAAUGUUCGAACUGCUCGCCGCCCUUUGCGCGCACAACGAAGAGGGUCGCAUCCGGACUCUGGAAACUCUGGAAUACUAUAAAGCCUUGAAGAAGCAGAAGCACCGCAUGGCCUUCAUUGUGCAGGAACUGGAACAGACACGGAUCAGCGACUACCAAACGGCCUUAGUGGCCUUCAUCAACUGCCUGGUCAUUUCCACCUCAAAUUUGAGGGAUCGGGUCCGGAUCAGGAAUGAAUUCAUCGAAUGCCAGCUACUGGAGGUGCUCAACAGGAUGAGAAAGUCCGAUCCUCAACCAGAUUUGACCGCGCAACUGGACGUGUUUGAGGAGCAGCACAAAAGCGAUGAAUCUGAGCAGCGCCUGGAGAGCAAAAAUGUCGACCUGGACUCUCCCUUGGAUGUGUUUUAUGCCAUUCUGAAGCAGGUGGCCGAUGGCCCGCACGCAGUGCCAUUCUUGAACAUUCUGCACAAUCUUCUGAGCAUCGACGCCAAUGAUCCUCUGAGCGACAUUGUGUGGGACAAUGUGGACAAGGCGGUGCAGAGAGGCACGAUGACCAGAGAAGAGGCGCCCAGACUGAGCAGGUUCAACUCAAAGUCGCAAUUGAGGCUCAACUGUACCUGCCAGCAGAAACCAGAAUCUGGUAGCGGGUCUAGGAGGACAUCGCUGCUCGGGGCUUUGUCGCCUCCGCCUCCUCCUCCAGGGCCGGCAGGGCCUCCUCCGCCACCUCCUCCUUUUCCCCAGCCAGUGCCGACUCCACCUGCAAUCCCACCUCCACCUCCGCCCAGUCAAGCGAUGCGCCAGGCGGCCAACCUACCAGAACCUCCUGAAAAGGAGCCGCUGAUCGAACGUCUACCGCAGCAGGAGAUUCCGGCCCCCAAGUCCAAGAUGAAGACUGUGAAUUGGAACAAAAUUCCCAGCAAUAAGAUUGUCAGCACGAACAACAUCUGGACGCAAGUGGCGGUAAGACAUCAGAAUUCUCCACUAGCCGAUAUUGAUUGGUCGGAAAUGGAAGGGCUGUUUUGCCAGCAAGGGCCUGCUGCAGUAGAAGCGGUGAACAGUGUGGCAAACUAUGGAAAUCGCUGUGUGCCGAAAGCGCGCAAAGACAAUCAAGAGAUUUCGCUCCUAGACGGCAAACGAAGUCUAAACGUGAAUAUUUUUCUAAAACAAUUCAGAAGCUCGAAUGAAGACAUAAUUCGCCUAAUCAAGCACGGGGAGCACGAUAAAAUCGGGAUCGAAAAGCUAAAGGGAUUGUUGAAGAUUCUGCCCGAAGUGGACGAGCUGGACAUGCUGAAGUCGUUUGAUGGCGACUGGAGGAAGUUGGGAAAUGCGGAAAAGUUCCUCAUCCAACUCACCAGUUUAUCCAACUACAAGCUGCGAAUUGAGAGCAUGCUCCUGAAGGAGGAGUUUGAGUCCAAUAUGAGCUACGUGAAGCCGAGCAUACACUCGAUGAUUAUCGCGGCACAAGAGCUGAUGACCAACAAGGCGCUCCAAGAAGUCCUCUACAUGGUGCUGAUUGCAGGCAAUUUCCUCAAUGCGGGCGGAUAUGCAGGAAACGCGGCGGGAGUGAAACUGUCUUCUUUGCAAAAAAUCAUGGACAUCAGAGCGAACAAGCCCAACAUGAACCUAAUUCAUUUUGUCGCCCUGCAAGCAGAGAAACGAGGCAACAUCCUGCUGUCCUUUACCGACAACAUCGGAAUUCUGGAGGAGGCGGCCAAGACAACAGUGGAGCAGCUGAAGAACGAAAUCAGCGCCCUGGAGGAGCGAAUUCGAAAAAUCAGGAAACAAAUCGAACUGCCCGAAACUGAGCCGGAAAUCGAAAUCCAAAUGACUGACUUCCUGAUAGUGGCUGGAAACGACGUUUCCAAGCUACAAAAGGAGCUCAAAAGACUGGACACUGUCCGCCAGCAGCUAGCGGAGUUUUUCUGCGAGGAUCUCAGCUCCUUUAAAAUAGAGGAAUGCUUCCGGAUCUUUCACGCGUUCACCUGCAAGUUCAAACAGGCGGUGAUCGAAAAUGAGCGCCGCAAGUUCCAAGAAGAACAAGCCAAUGCCCGGAAGCGCCAACGGGAGGAACUGUUAGCGGCUAAACGACGCCAAAUGGGAAAUGCUGCUGAUGAUGGUUUCAUUGAAAUGCAGAUUUACGACUCUGGAACGGGCGGCGGCUCCAAGAAGGGCUACAGGCUGGGAACCGACAGUGGAACCUCAGAGGACGAAUUUUUCGGCACCAGCUCCCCUUUACUGCCGCGCCAUAGACUCAGCUCGUUUAAUGGAAACGGCGUCGAUACCGAGCAAAUGUCCCCAGACUCCUCGCCCAAUGGAAGUCUGCGAAGACGCCGAAGUAAGGGAAUGCUGGACGACCAAGGCAACUUAAUGGACUUCCUGCGGAACUCUUGCGACAGCCGCGAACGCAAAUCCUGGGGAAGUUUAGAUCGCUCCUGGGCCAGGAAGGCGAAGGGAACCGGCCCGAAGAAGCGCCCCGCUCUGCUAACAGCCGAUUUCCUGCUGGAAAGAGACCGCGCCACCCCGUCCCCUAUGGUGGAAGUGAAAGGCUCCUGCUCAGCCCCGGAAGACGAGUCGAAGAAAGACAAAGUCGAAUCUUGGCUGAAGGGUAGCGAGUUCAGCCACCCAAUGACCGAGUCGCGUGAUUCGCCCCACUACAAAGACAAAUCCGCCUGGCGCAAGUCCACCCUAAACGUGCCAAACAGCACGGAAGAAAUCGGGGAGAACCAUCGAAGGGACCCGUACAACCUGAAAAUCCUCCAGCCAAUUCUGGAGACGACCAACGACCGAAAAGAGCUGAUCGGCUCACUGGGCAGGAACCUCAAGACUGACAAUAAACUCACUUUGUACAUUAGAAAGCCACUAGACGAACCGCAGGUUGAACCCGCCAAAAUUGAGUCGCCCCCAACCAAGAGCAGUCCCGAGCCUCCAGUCAGCAACAAGAUAGAAAUCGAUCAGGACAACGUCCAAACUCCCCCAAUGGCGCGGAAGAAUUUCAUUUCGCCAACUCCGACGGAAAAACGCGAGCCCAGCAAACCAAGCCCCUGCAGCAGGACGUUGAAGCCGGAAAAGGACGAACUGGACCUGAUAGGGGACGGACAAUUCAACAGAUUCUCGCCUGCCAGACGUACAAGAAGACAAGUACGCAACCAACCAAAGAGCCCGGUGAAGAUCCCCAAAGAAGAGGAAGACGUUAGCAGCUUGGGCGACUUUGUCUCCCCGGUUUGCAUUAAGGUAGAGCCGGAAGAUUUCCGCCCAAAAGCGUCCCAACCCACCAAUUCAGAGCCAGCGCGACCCAGAAAAAACUCGCUGGCUGACAAAAACACAAAGAACCAGAAAAACGCCGUCAAACCCAACCUGCGCCGGACGCCUUCCCUGAACAGCUCCAAGGGCAAAAUAACCGGCUCUAGAAGCGCGGAAAGCUUCAAAAUGCUGCAGACUGGGGCGGAAAAUGGGGCCUCAAAGCCCCCAGCCAAAAUAUCGGCAAGGGCGAAACCUAUGGGUUUCAUGAAACCCACCACGGCGAGCACGACGAAAGCCAGUACGUCUUCAACGAGAAAAAGCUUUUCUUUGCGAGGCAAAGACUAAAACAUUGGGACCCCGCAUUAAUGGUCGUGAGAGGAAUGAAGUGCUAGGAAAAAUGCAAAACAGGGCGUUCCGAUUACGCAAUUUAACAUUGUUAGCAGUUCAAACGGAGAAGAGUUUGAACUCAUCAGUUAAAAUAAUGCUCUCUAGUUUGACUUUGCCGGGUGUCCCAUAUUUUAAGAAGCAUUUGGGAAACAACGACGAAUUUCCACGUUUGUAUUUUGAAUGGUCGAUUGUUUCCCGAAGUCUUGCGACCCUGUACACCGAUCAAAAACCCCUAAUUAUACAACUAAUAUUUAUUAAUUUAUAUGCAUGUGUUUUUACUAAGACGAUUUUAAUACUGAAAUGUAACUUGAGAAAGCGACGGAAUAAAUUAUUGUUGAUUGAG